AUGCCACCAAGUCGUCUUCAUGUUUUGUUUGUCUUUCUGAUGGCAUUAACGAUUGUUUUGCUAUUAUCGUUAUCGUUAUGCCAGUUGUUUCCUCGUCAAACAAGUCUCAACACCAAAACUGCUUAUCCUUUUACGGAUCCUUAUCCUUAUCAGGCACAGCGUAAUGAAGUAAACUCAUGUCAGAAAUAUCAUGAGCAAUUAAAAUUGACGUAUGAAUCGCUUGAAUCAUUUCCUAAUGUUGGAAUUCUAUUAGGAAUUAUGAAUGACCCUAGGAAUUUUUAUCGACGAGCGCAUUUACGUCGGCUUUUGAUGAAGCAACUAAAAGAAUCGAAAAUAUGCGAUUUAUACACCAUUAAAUUUGUAGUCCUUUUCAAUGAAACAAAUUCUCAACUAUCACGCAAACAAUUGGAAAAGGAAAAAGAACAAUACGACGACAUUAUAAUAAUUGAAACAUCUGCCACAUCAAUGAAUCCUGUUAAAACGACAACUGAAUUCUACCGAUGGGCUAUAGAAAAAAUCAAUACAUCAUCAACGCAAGCAACGGAAUGGAAUUAUUUAGUACAUACAGAGGACACUUCUUCGAUAGAUUUGCAUAAUUUUGGACUUUACCUUCGUCCAUUGCCAAAAUCCAAUUUUUUUUGCGAUAUUUCAGUACCGGCACAUGAAGAUUUUUGGUUGGCUACGGGAAGAUUUUCCAUUUUUUCUACAGAUAAUAUCAGAUGA